CCUCUGAGCUUCCGCGGGACUCGAGUCCGACCGACCGUCGAGGCAGCAUCCGCGUCUCUCUGCCGCGUUUCGGCUUCUUCCUCACAGUGCAGAGGAGCGAGCUCUUGCAUCUCACGCGCGGCCGCCGCUGGGGCUAGGAGCAAGGGACACCGAGGGCGACUGACCUCCGAGUCCGAACGCAGCCCCUUUUCCCGUCGUCCGAACCGCCAUGACCCACUUCAACAAGGGCCCUUCCUACGGGCUCUCCGCUGAGGUCAAGAACAAGAUCGCAUCCAAGUAUGAUCAGCAGGCAGAGGAGGAUCUGCGCAACUGGAUAGAGGAGGUGACAGGCAUGGGCAUCGGCACCAACUUUCAGCUGGGCCUGAAGGACGGCAUCAUCCUCUGCGAACUCAUCAACAAGUUGCAGCCAGGCUCUGUGAAGAAAGUCAAUGAGUCCUCACUGAACUGGCCCCAGCUGGAGAAUAUUGGCAACUUUAUUAAAGCUAUUCAGGCUUAUGGCAUGAAGCCCCACGACAUAUUUGAAGCAAAUGAUCUAUUUGAGAAUGGCAACAUGACCCAAGUUCAGACUACGCUGGUGGCUCUAGCAGGUCUGGCGAAAACCAAAGGAUUCCAUACAACCAUCGACAUUGGAGUUAAGUAUGCAGAAAAACAAACAAGACGUUUUGAUGAAGGCAAGUUAAAGGCUGGACAAAGUGUAAUUGGCUUGCAGAUGGGAACCAACAAAUGUGCCAGCCAGGCGGGUAUGACAGCCUAUGGGACUAGGAGGCACCUUUAUGAUCCCAAAAUGCAGACUGACAAGCCCUUUGACCAGACCACGAUUAGUCUGCAGAUGGGCACCAACAAAGGAGCCAGCCAGGCUGGGAUGUUAGCACCGGGUACCAGAAGAGACAUCUACGACCAGAAGCUCACAUUACAGCCGGUGGACAACUCGACCAUUUCUCUACAGAUGGGUACCAACAAAGUGGCUUCCCAGAAAGGAAUGAGCGUGUAUGGGCUUGGGCGGCAAGUGUAUGACCCCAAGUACUGUGCCGCCCCCACAGAGCCUGUCAUUCACAACGGAAGCCAGGGCACAGGAACGAAUGGGUCGGAAAUCAGCGAUAGUGACUACCAGGCAGAGUACCCGGAUGACUAUCACGGCGAGUACCCCGAUGACUAUCCUCGAGAAUACCAAUAUGGCGACGACCAGGGCAUCGAUUAUUAGUCGCACACAGGAGCGCAGUAUUUAGUCCAUUGUUUGUAUCCAGUGAGACCCAAGCUAGCCUUGAGUAAUUCUUAUCUCGUCUUCCUAAAACACUAUUAUGCUUAUUGUACCUUUAAAAAAAAAAAAGCCUUACAUACAUUCCUUUUUCUUUUUCUGCCUCCUCCCUUAAUAGUUGCCUUUUAGUGCUGUAACAAUUAAAUCCUACAGCAUAACUAAUAACCUGCGUGGGAAGUAAAAAGGAAUGCUGUGAAAGGCAGCCAGUUCUCUUAUUGAAGAUCUAUGCCUUUUUUUUUUUUUUUUUUUUUUUUACAGUCUUACACUUAAACUGGUAUUUUCAAACACUAGAAAAACUAUUUUUUCUUUUUACAGUUUAGUGUGUAUCUGGCUUGUACAUGGAAGACUAAAAUGUUGAUUUUUUUUUUUUCCUCCUAUAUGUGGUCUUUGCCAACUGAAUCUAAGAUGCAGCGUUUAGAACCUGACACAUGGAUGCUUUUCUGCAGUAUUGUCUGCUAAGUUUUAAAUAAAGUCACGAUCAGUGUGCAUUUGUGAU